AAAAAUAUAUCAUAAAAUGAGUUGCUCAGCAGACCCUUUCCAUCUUCCUUCUAAUUCUACAAUGAUACAAACACAAUCAUUGGAUCCAACACCUUCUAAUUAUUAUCAAAAUAUUCAACAUUCACAAACAUUCCAACAAAGAAUUAUUGGGAAUGGGGGUGGGGGAAUGCAUAAUCAACAACAGCCUUCAACAGCUUCUUCCCAUCAAUUUAUUCAACCCAAUUAUGAAGCUCCCAAUCAUUUACACGGUCUUUCCUCGAUGACAGUUUGUCCCAUGGAUCAACAACAGAAUCAAUUAUUCUCUUCCGAUCCCUCAGUUCAUCACCAACAUCAUCAUCAUUGGUUAUCAAUUAACAAUUCUUCUUCAGUACUUCCUUCGCCUUCCACAGUAAUUGGAGGAGGAAAUGACGGAGGAUUCCCUUCUCAUUUAGUUGAUUUUUAUGGAAAUCCUAAUUUAAAUAACCACCAAAUAAUCCCUUUAAAAGAAGAACAACAACCAACAAACGAAAUUCAAAAUAAUUCAACAUUUCCAAUGUCCUCUAAUAAUAACCCUCCCCCUCCUUCCUCCUCAAAUAAUUCUUUUAUUGUAAAUACACCCUCUACAAUACCUAAACAAGUUAAAAAACGCGGUCCUAGGGGUAAAAGAAAUCAACAAUUAAAACACAAUAACAUAACAAAAUCCACCACCUCCACAACAAAUAAUUACAAUGAUAAUCACCAAUCAAAACAACUUCCCCUAAUAGAGCAAUAUAAAUGGAUGCAAGUAAAAAGAAAUAAUAACGGGAAUAUUAACGGAAAUAAUAAACCUUCAACAACAAUAGCCACUUCCUCCUUCAUUCAAGGAACUGUGGCAGCAUUAAAUGGACAUUCAAUAAUUAAUAAAGAGGCGAUUAAUAAUAAUAAUUUAAUAAAUAACUCUUUAACAAAUUCAACUUCUUUAAUAUCGUCAAUAUCUCCAUUGGGGGCACAGGAGAAUGUAACUAAUCGAACAAACUUUACUUAUCAUCAAUUAACUGAAUUGGAAAAGGAAUUUCAUACAAACAAAUAUCUAAACAAAAGUAGAAGAGCAGAAAUUGCCGCAAUGUUGCAGCUACACGAAUCCCAAAUUAAAAUUUGGUUUCAAAAUAGGAGAAUGAAGAUGAAAAAACAACAAAAAGAAACAGCCUUUCUACGUUCAACAAAUUGGAAUACUUCAACAACAAAUCCACUACCCCCAACAAUUUUACAACAAAAUUUAAAUAAUCAAAAAGUUCCAGGUUCAUGCCCUUCUUCCUUAGCUGGUUCUUCCUCUUCUUCUUCUGAUGGACCUUCUCCUUCACCCAAAAAACAUUAA